CUGGAUCCCAGAGCACAGCAUAGAGCCCCAGAGCAACCAGCCCCUCAGCCCCAGACAGAGCCUGUCCAGUGUGCUGCACUAGUCCUGAGACCCACCAGCUCAGGGAAGUAGUCCAGCCACCAGAGACAGUUCUCAGAAUCACACAGACCUAGGAGAAUGACUUUACUGUUCUAGUUCUACUGUUCAAGUUCAACUGUUCUAGUCGUAUACCAGGCUCAGUCUGUGAGCUAGUCCGGAGCUGGUUGAUAUUUACUCUCCAUUACUGUAGUCCAGUGGCUCACCUUAGUUCUCCUCUUAGUCCUCCUCUUAGUCCUCCUCUUAGUCCUGAACUGAGAUCCUUUAGUGGAGCACCUGAGCAGAUCUACACAAGUCACGUGUAUCUAGUGAGACCCACCAGCCAGUCCUUUUUACCUGAGACCUCUGCAGAUCAGCUACAACCAUGCAGCUUUCACACACCUUCCUCCUCUUCAUCGUUGGGAUGGCGCUGGCCAGCUCGUCCACGGCUCGGCGAAGCAGAGUGAGACGUCAGAACAUGAAGGUGAGGAUCAACGCUACAGGCGACACCAUCGUGAUGAAGUUUGUACGUCCCAACGCUGACACCAAGCUGGAGGGCUACAUCCUGGGCUACGGCAGCAGCAUGUUCUCUAAACAGUUCAUCCAACUCCCAGAGAACGGACUGCCCUACGAGACCGAGAUCGAUGCCGAGCCCAAGUACCUGAUUGCUGUCCAGCCCGUCCCAGUUAACAAUGUGAAGAAACAGUGCACAGGCAAGGUGAACCUGGAGAAGCCACUGCACCUGGUGAUUGGGUCCGUGACCCCCACCUCGGUGCUGCUGUCCUGGGGGACCUUCCUCAAGAUGCCCUACGAGGGGGACAUCAUGAACGACUGCCUGGAGGACGGGCACUACACAGUGCGUUACCGUGAGAGGAACAGGAAGUGGACUCAACAGACCUGCCCCUCCAGCGACAUGGUCAUCGAUAACCUGAAGCCCAACACGGCCUACGAGUUUGGUGUCCGACCCAACAAUGAAGAACGCAGUGGAGUGUGGAGCAAGCCAGUUAUCCACAACACCAACAUGGAGAAGACCAUGCAGAAACCUUUCAGACCAAGGACCCCUCUGACGCCUGUGAAAACGGACAACAUGCCACUGUCCUUCUUCCCUCCUCGUCACGCUGUCCAUAACAGGAGCCAGGGCAGAACCCUCUUCAGGACCCCUAUGGCUCCAAGGACCACCUUCGCCCCAACCUCGACCAAUAGACAGCACGUCCUGUCCACUCCAAGACCCACAAUGCCUCUGGGGCAGAACGAGCCAACCGGUACCAGCUUCCUGAGACCUUUGACCCCCACCGAUCCUCGCUCUCCUAUAGGCUCUGCCAUUGCCACGGCAGCCAGGAACACAACAUUGCCUCGUGGUCGCGUAGCUCUCUACUCCACCCCUAACGGCAUCAGACCUCUCUCUCUACCCAGGAACAAAAACAUCACCUCCCCCCUCACCUCCGUCACGAGUGAGGCCGACGGGGAGCACCACAAGGGUCUUGCUAUUCCCAAACCUGCAGUCUGGUCCGGAAACCGACUGGGCUCCCCUGCAGUCCUGCAUCCCUCUCUUCCUGUCAACAAGAGGCCCAACCUGGUGGGGAAAACAGGGAACAAGGAUAAGCCUAUAGACCUGAAGCAAGGAGACAAGGCAUCCAUCUUGAAGUCCUUCCCUCUGGUUACGACUAAGCCCUCCAAACAAAAGACCACAACCAUCGCCCCGGCCUUGAACGCCACUCGUAAUGAGCCAGGUGACAACUCUUCUGUGUUCAGCUCUCUGCCUGCUUCGGAAGUGGACGCCUUGGGCAAGAAGCGCUUCGUAGCCCCUCAUGUGCUCUAUAAGACGGACAAGAAGCCAGACGAGCCGUGUUCCAUAACACACUCCCUCAGCUUCUUCCCUGAGGAGGAGGGGGUGGAGCAGAACGUGACCGCACCCCCCCGCUCGUCCCCCUCCAAUGUCACCGUGGUGACCGUGGAGGGAUGCCCCUCCUUCAUCAUCCUGGACUGGGAGAAGACUGACAACGACACCACAGAGUAUGAGGUCAUUUCAAGGACCCAAGGACCCAAUGGAGAAGAGGUGUCCAUCCUGACUACCAACCAGACUCACACUGCUGUGGAGAAUUUAAAACCAGAAAGCAGUUACGAGUUCAAAGUAAAACCCAAGAAUGAGCUUGGGGAAGGGCCUGCCAGUGAGGCGGUGUCAUUCAACACAGAGUCAGCGGACCCUCGGGUGAGUGAGAAUGUCUCAGGUAAAGCUGCUAUAUGGACACAGUUCCCCUUCAAGGCAGAUUCCUACUCGGAGUGUAAUGGCAAGCAGUAUGUGAAGAGGACCUGGUACCGCAAGUUUGUGGGCAUCCAGCUAUGCAACUCCCUUAGAUACAAGAUCUACAUGAGCGACUCGCUCAACGGCAAGUUCUACAACAUCGGGGACCAGACUGGUCAUGGGGAGGACCACUGCCAGUUUGUAGAUUCUUUCCUGGAUGGACGAACAGGCAGCCAGCUACUGGCCGACCAGCUACCCAGCAGAUCAGGUUUCUACCGGGCUAUGCGUCAGGAACCGGUCAACUUUGGCCAGAUCGGAGGGAACUCGCAUGCCACCUAUGUCGGCUGGUACGAGUGCGGAACACCCAUACCUGGGAAAUGGUAAGACCCCUCCACCAAGGAGGUGGCCAGGAAGAUGCCUGACUGAAAGAGGGAUUAUUUUACCGGGCUGAAAGGAGGACUGAGGAGGCCUGAGGGGAGGUGGGCUUCUCUGUUACCAUGGAGAUGCACCUUUCUGACUAUCUAUUUGUCAGAUGGCAACAGCCCACAUUCCAUUGUAUAAAAGUGUACAGGACCAUACUUGUCACGAACUCUGUUAGGCACAUUUGUCAUAUCUCCUUAAAUCUCAUCUCACUAUUUAUCAAUCACGACAACAUGAGAAAAUACUCAACCUGUAAACAAGGAAGAGAAGUUGGUAAAAGGUUUUUCAGAGUGCUUCAUUAAAUAUGAACACCGGAAACUGUUGGGAAGCUGGCUCCCUAAAAAUGUAAUAAUGUGUAUGGUUUUAUUUAUCAAGCAGUUGUUAUUCAUGUACCUUGUGGUUUCUAUUGGCCAGUCUGUUAAAAGGGUUGCUACAAAAGCAUUAGUUUUCACUCAUACAGAUACUGUCUAUACUCAAUACCCUUUCUUGAUUGGUCCUGUGGGAUUAACGGUUGCGGUUUGCACAAUAUGAAAGUAUUAAAUAUGUAUAUGUGAAAGAACAAUAUUUCCGAACUACUAUCAAGUUUCAACAUUAAGUUUACAAAGCAAGGCGGUUCCACGGACUAGAAGUUUGUUAAUCUCUUGGAAAAAUACCUGAAUGGGUUCUUUAGCCAAUGAAUGUCCAAAUAUUAAGUAGAGAUAUCAUCAGAUACUGGGAUUCACUCAGUUGGAAUGAACAGCAUAAGGAUAUGCUUUGUUCUUUCAUCUUAAAUGUUCUAACUUCAACUCAUCUCAAUUUGGAGAAUGAUUGCCAGGAAUCCAUUAUGUGGAUGUGGUCCUAAGCUCAUUGCAAGUGACCACAAUUGUCCACCUCUGGUGCGUGUUCAGUGGGGUGCACCAUUGCAGAAUGUUCAGAUGGAACGUAUUGGGUUUGUAGGAUGAGGAAUUUUCAGUUCUAUACGUUACAUUUCUACCUACAACAUUCAGAACAUUUCCCAUCACUGACAAAACUCUUUGUUUUUAGCCUUGGAAUGUUUUCUAGUUUCGUUAGCACAACCUGUUCGUCUGAGUUUAAAUAUUAUAUAACAUGUACAUAAAGGCUUCUUUUAGUGUGGAAACAACCAAACAAAGAUUACAUUUAACAUUUUGUACAGUUGCUCACAAAUGGCUGCAGUUGUAUUUUCAACCCAAUUUUUUUGGGGGAAAAGUGUUUAUAGAUUAUUCCAGAUAUGUACAACCAUUUCUGUAUCUAUUUUCAACAAUAAAUCCUUAAGUAUGGUUCUGUUUUUA